GUCAAAGCUCUCUCGUUAGUCUCAAUCUCUAGAAACUCGGCUGCUUCGGCUUCCACCUUGUUUCCAUCGUCUGCUGAGAAAACAUAAGUGAAGAAAUAGCUGAGAAAUGUUGCGAAACGUGAUGCCUUGGAACAGAAGCAAUCAAAAUGUAGUUGGGUUGUUAACAAGGCAUUUCGCAACGAAACCUAAACCUAAGAUGAAACCCAUCGAGCUGAACACACCACCAGAACAAACUCAGACGAUCACCCGAGUGAUCUUUGAUGUUCUGAAGGAGCAUGGACCUCUCACCAUUGCUGAAACUUGGGAUCGUGUCAAGGAAGUGGGAUUAAGAGGGUUAACGAGCAAGCGGCACAUGAAGAUAAUAUUAAGGUGGAUGCGACAGAGACAGAAGCUGAAGCUAAUAUGUAACCAUGUUGGUCCUCACAAGCAGUUUCUGUACACUACUUGGUUCACUAAACACAACCCUUCUAAAUUCUUUAAGCCUCCGGAAAAUCUCACUGGAAAAUCUUCCGGCCACCCUAAACUUCCAUGAGCCCUCAAUGUUUUUUCUUUUAAUCUUCGUUUCUUACUUUUUAACGUAAUAAAAAUGUCUUUCUUGACAAGUUUCUCUCGAUGUUUAA